AUGGAGGCCACCAUUGAUCUUCCAGCUCCCUUCGGUAUCCUCACUGCGUCUGCUGAGUUGAGAGAGGCCAUGGCUGCUCUGGACCUUGAGCUGGUAUGCACUGCAGAGGGCUGCCCCAAGAUCCAUGAGGACGACUAUUUUGGAUAUUCCAGCGAGCCCCCCUACGAUUCACUCUUCACCUUGGUGCGGGAUGGGACAGGGGGCUCUUACCAUGUGUGGCUUGGGGGGCAUCCGGAUGUUCCCGUGGUUUACAUAGGCUCAGAGGGCGAGAGAGCCAAGAUUGGCAGAACGGCCAGCCAGUUCCUUCAGAUAGUUCUGAGCCUGGCUCCAAAUCAUACCGGCAUGAUUGGCGCGCUGCCAGGUAUAAACACGCUUCCGGACAAUGGAAAUAUUGAAGAUGCGUCCGAGGCCGACUUUGAUUACGAAAAAAGCAUGAGCCUAAUGACUGCAUGGAGUUGCAAUGAAGAUGCACUUCCAGCUCAGCAGAAGGCAGAUGCGGUGCUUGCAGCUGCCGGUCUGGCCCGCCUCAGUGUAGAGGAUGCUCUCAGGCAGCUUGUAUCUUCCCACCUGGCAGCUCCGCGAUUUGCCGUUCAGAGUGAGGACUAG